AUGUUGUUAAGACCAAUUAUUAUCUUGGCUGGUUUUUUCCUGAGUCAAGUUUUAACUGCUGAUUUGAUUUCAUCAACUGAAAGUAAUGAGUUUGGUGCUUAUGUCAAUCCAAAUCCAAAAAAUAUUUGUGAAGGUGAAGAGCUUGAUACUUUAACUACUUGUGCAAGUGAGGUUCUAGCAAAAUUAGAUGAAUGUAAACCAGAUGAUCUUGCCUGUGAAUGUUGUGCUUUACAAAGUAUGAAACGUGACUGUUAUGGAUUGUGUCCAAAUACUGCUUCUGGUAACUUCUUAGCUGUUUUGUAUGAUGAUUGUGAAACCAUGAAUGAUGUUAAUGCUUGCAACCUUCCAUUUAAAAAGCAUGAUACCCAUGUUGCCAAAUUUCUCAGACCAAAUGCAAGAAUCCCAGUUGAGGAUAAAGAGCCAGAUUUUGUGCUUCAAUCAGUUCUUGAGAACAACACAAAUACAACUAAUACAACUAUUGUCAGUUUCUUGGAACAUAAACAUGAUCUUGAGGAAGAAUUUAGUAACCAUACAGUUGCAAACAAAACUUUGUUAGAUAGAACUCACACAGCAAACAACACUUUACCUCUUGAAAGUUCUGGUGCAAGAACACAAAUCUUACAAUCAAUGGUUCUGGUUCUCAUUGGUAUUUUCACAGCUCGUUUGGUUUGCCAUUUAUUCUGA